CAGAAGCAGAGAAAUGGCUGCGGAGGGACGUAUUGGCCUUGGUGGGUAUUCUUCACAAGGUCAAGCACCACGACUGAAUGAGUUGCUGGACUCAAAUUGGGCUCAGCAUAGCCCAAAUGGGGACUACAAUGACCCUGGAGUGAAGAGAAGCGAGCAUGGUGAAAUGGGUACCUUUCCCAUUCGUGACCUUCUCUGUAAAAAUAUUGCAAAUAGUGUUGGAGAAGACAUCAGACCUCCAAGCUAUUUGAGGCCUAGCAUUGUGGAUUCCAUUAUGGACAGAACUGAUGGUGCCAAUGGCGCACUUCGAGUAGGUACUCAGGAGAUUAGCCAGUGGAACCAAUAUCAUAACUUUACAGAACAGACACAACCGACUAUACCCAGUUAUCAAUCCUUGGGUACUGAACAAUCAUUGCCUGAUUAUUCUGAAGCUUUGGGUUCCAGUUCGAGAACCCGGGACUUCGGAUUUGGGGGAGAUGAUGCUCUUGAAAGAGGGCUUGAAGCUUUGUCAUAUGAGGGUGCAUUGAAGAGAUUAGCUCGGCUUGAGGGUGAUCCAGGUUUGGACGAUGUGACCACUCUGGAAAUGUGCGCAAUGAGAAAACGAGCUCUGGCUAAGCGACGAAGAGGGAAUGACUCAAAAUCUGAGUUGUUCCAUGAUUUGAGCGACUCUUGCAAUGUACCUGACUUGAGUUAUGGGGACAAUCAGUUGACUAAUGAUGAUGUAGAACAAUAUGCGACCAUUGGAGAGGGUCAGUGGAACAUUGACCAAGCUCUGAAUUUGGGAGAGGAUCGGCUGAAUAUUAACCCAAAUAUGAACUUUGGAGACUAUCAACCGAGCAUUGCCCGAGAUGUGACCUGCGAAGAGGAUCAAUGGAACAUUGAACAAGAUGUGAGCUAUCGAGAGUCCCAAUGGAAUGCUGAAGAUAUCAACAAGUUGAAUUCUGACAAUGUGUUACCAUCCUCUAAAAUGCAAGAGCAUCAUGGCGAACAAUUCAAAUCUGCCAGGGUAGAUAUAAAGAAGCGUUUGGGACCUUUGACAUCAUCUGGCAGUAUAAGGAAGCGUUUGGAACCUUUGAACACGCCUGGCAGUGUAAAAAAACGUUUGGGACCUUUGAAAUCGCCUGGCAGUGUAAAGAAACAUCUGGCGCCUGCUCAAAAUGUUCCUGAUCCCAAAUACUUAGGUCAUAAACUUGAAGAUCAAUACAAAUCUCGAAUAAGAGAAACAUAUGAUUUUAGUGGAAGCAUUCAUCUUCAAGGGGGUGGUCUUCCAAAAGUUGAGGGGAAACUUGCAAAAAAAGCACUCCCUGAAGAUUCUGAGGAGUUCAAGAGGCUGGUAGAUAGCGCCUUUCUUAAGUACAUGAAGGGUUUGCAUGAGAACCCAGCUCUAAAAAGGAAAUUCAUGGAAGGAGAAACUGUUACUACAAAGUGUUGCAUAUGUGCCAGCAACUCGAAAGAAUUUGCAGGCACGGUACCCUUGGCAACACAUGCCUUCAUGUCACCUAUGGUUGGUUCCAGAGCAGAGCACUUGGGUUUUCAUAAAGCACUUUGUGUGCUGUUGGGAUGGGACAGUGCAGCAGUCUCCAAUGGUACAUGGAUUCAACGGUGUUUGCCUGAUGCUGAAGCCUUGGCUCUGAAGGAGGAUGCAGUUAUCUGGCCUCCAGUUGUUGUCAUCCACAACAGUUCCAUAGCAAAUAAAAAACCGGAUGAAAGGGUGAUUGUAAGUGUUGAAGGGCUUAGGGCUAUUCUUAAAGGUAUAGGAUUUGGUGGGGGGAAGACCAAGGUGUGCUGCGGGAAACCUGCAAAUCAAAGUAUCUUGGUAGUGACAUUUAAUGCCACAUUUUCUGGUUUACGAGAAGCAGAAAGACUUCACAAGCUUUUCGCUGAGAACAAACACGGGAGGGUGGAGUUCCAGAAAAUCAGUUCUGCUGGCCUCAGAAACAGCAGCAACGGAAAGCAAGAGUUGCUGGCAGAUGAAGCAAAUUGUUUAUAUGGCUAUUUGGGAAUUGCAGAGGAUUUGGAUAAACUCGAAACUGAGACCAAGAAGCGGUGUGUGGUGAAGAGCAAGAGAGAGAUCCAGGCUAUUGCUUGUACUUCGCUUAGAAACGAAUGACGUUAACUAUAUAUCUAUGAAUUUUGUUUAACUCUCAAAUGAGCCCUUCUGGUUUUU